AUGCGGGGGUUCUUAAAGAUUGCUGGCGCAGCAUGCGUGCUGGGCCAGCUGGCGGAUGCUGCUGUCAAGAUCAACUUCGACCAAGACCAGUCUAUCAAGGAUGGCGCAAGCACGAUUGCAUUCGGUCUGUUGAAGUACUACACGGGGAACAACACAGGCGAUGUACCGGGAAACUUACCAGACCCCUAUUUCUGGUGGGAAGCUGGAGCGCUAUUUGGCACAAUGGUGGACUACUGGCGUUUGACGGGAGACACGACAUACAACAACGUUACGUCACAGGCCUUGCUUCACCAGGCUGGCGAUGACGCCGACUUCAUGCCGAGAAACCAGACGAGAACGGAGGGAAACGACGACCAAGGAUUCUGGGCGAUGGCGGCGAUGAGCGCGGCAGAGAACAAUUUCCCGAACCCGCCAAAAGACCAGCCUCAAUGGUUGGCCCUCGCCCAGGCGGUGUUUAACCAAUACGUCAGCCGCUGGGAUACGGAAAACUGCGGGGGCGGCCUGCGGUGGCAGAUUUUCACCUUCAACAACGGCUUCAACUACAAAAACUCGAUCUCGAACGGGUGCUUCUUCAACAUCGCGGCUCGGCUGGCGCGGUUCACGGGCAACCAGACGUACGCAGAUUGGGCGGAAAAGGUGUGGGACUGGGAGACUAGUGUCGGCUUGAUCACGCCGGACUUCAAGAUCUACGACGGCGCCACGAUCGACAAGGGCAUGAACUGCAAGCAAAUCGACACGAUUCAGUGGUCCUACAACGCCGGUAUUUUCCUGCACGGCGCUGCGACCAUGUACAACCUUACCGAGGACAAGAAGUGGCUCACCCGCACCGAGGGUGUCCUCACGGAAGCGACGGGACUUUUCUUCAACAACAGCGCCAUGACCGAGCAGGCCUGCGAGCCUUUCAAGCUGUGCGACAACGACCAGCAGAGCUUCAAGGGCUACCUCACGCGGUGGCUGGCCGGGACGGCGCAGGUGGUGCCCUCCAUGUUUGACCGCAUCAUGGGUCUCCUGAGGCCCAGCGCCGAGGCCGCCGUCGCGGCGUGCAACGGGUCCCCCGCGUCCGGGUACAAAGGUCCAGCCGGCACGGCCUGCGGCUUCCAGUGGACACCCAAGGGCGUUUUCGAUGGCUUCGUCGGGGUCGGCCCGCAGAUGAACGCGCUCGACGCCGCCAUGUACAUGUUGGUGAAGAAGGCCGACGUCAAGACUGCGCCGGUGACGGCCAACACAGGAGGAACGUCUGUCGGCAAUGCAAACGCCGGUAUGAGCUCGCAGCCCAGGAUCCCCACGCUGCCGCCGAUCGAGACCAAGGACAGGGUGGCCGCCGGCUUCGCCACGACGGCCAUCACCUUGAGCAUCGUGGCAGGGUGCGUCUUUCUUAUAAAGUGA